AUGAGGUCACAGAAGGCUGUUUCACACACCUUCUUCUGGAUUAUUACGGACUUUCCACGAUAUGACGUACAUAUUCGUCAGGAACUUACCUUCACACUUUUUGAAAUAGCGAAACCGGCACCAAGAAGAAGGAUGACAGACCAUGGAAAACGCCGUCUCACAGCAUCCCAAAUCGAAGAAAGAAAAAAUCUGGCAUUUCUCGAGGCCAUACGAAAAGUACGAAGACUGCUAACAUUCCUGAACACGAGUCCGUAA